AAAAAACGCGAACUCUCUUUUCUUUUCUCUCUCUAAUUUUUUCUCUCACUCUCGUACUACGUUUUUUUAUUUUUUAUUUUUUAUUUAAUUUCUCUUUCUAGCCCCAUGAAAGCGAAAUCGAACUGCACAAAAAAACGGAUCCCAAACAAUAACUGAACCCUAACCCUAGAAAACGGGGCUUAUCCUCUUCAUCCCUUUUCCGUUCAUUCAUUCACUUCCAUAACCGAAUCAAACUUCGAUUACGUUUCUCACUGUUUCACGAUUUCACGAUAGGGUUUCAAUUUCUAUAAUGGAAUGCUUUCUUUCCUCUGCACCUUGUUAUUGCCGCCGAUGACCGGAGAACGAUGUUACCGCCGGAAGAAUACCACGGAAGAAGGUUCCGCCGCCUUUAUACAAGAGAUGCCGAUGCCCUCUCCGGCCGAUAUUCCGGCGGUAAUUCCGGCCGCGUUGGAGAUUGAUUACUUCUCGCAGGCGAGGAAAGCGCUUAGCGAACGUUGUCCUUUUGAUGUUGCUGAGGAAACGUCGACUUCUGCUGCUGUUACUCUGCCGAGUGGGUUAGCUAGUUUGUUGAACCGUAAUGGGGAUAACCGGAAGCGCCACAAGAAGUCUCAUUCCGGUGUCGGUGAUAAAAAGAAGAAAUCGUCUAGGGCUAGCGACAAGUUGCGUAGUUUUAAUGUUUGGGUUGAGACGGAGGAGUAUUUCAGGGACUUGAAUUUGUCUGAUAUUGAUACUUUAUUGGAAGCUUAUUCCUCUUAUAGUUUAGCUUCUCGUGAGUGUUUUACAAUUCCACAAUUUGGAAAUGCUACUAGGUUCAAUGUAGUUAGUAGUGUGGAUGAGAAGAAGCAUGCUCCAAUAUUCAAUUUAGUUAGUAGUGAGAAUGAGAAGAAUGCUGUUGAAGAGGUAAACAACGAGAAUGAUUCCUUGGGAAUUGAGUUAAGUGAUGUUGUUGAAUUGGAAAAAGCUUUGCCACUUGAUGAUGAUAAGAAUUGUGAUGCUUCUGAUGAUUCGUGUGUUAGUUUAGAGUGGUUUUUAGGUAGUAGGAAUAGAAUUUUUUUAGCUUCUGAGCGCCCAUCUAAGAAAAGGAAGCUUUUAGGUGGUGAUGCUGGCUUGGAGAAAGUUGUAAUGACUAGUCCUUGUGAAGGGGACCAACCUUAUUGUCAUUAUUGCGGCAGUGGAGAUUCUGGCACUGAUUCCAAUCGGUUAAUAGUCUGCUCUUCUUGUAAAGUCGCAGUUCAUCGGAAGUGCUAUGGUAUACAAGACAAUGUAGACGAGUCUUGGUUGUGUUCUUGGUGUAAGCAAAAGGGCGAUGUUGAUGACUCGGCGACUCCAUGUGUUCUUUGCUCAAAGAAGGGUGGUGCUUUAAAACCAGUUAAUAGUGCUGUUGAAGAUGAUGGGUCUGGCCAGUUUGUGCACCUGUUUUGUUGUCUGUGGAUGCCAGAGGUUUAUAUUGAUGAUUUGAAGAAGAUGGAGCCUAUUAUGAAUGUGGCAGACAUCAAGGAAACCAGAAGAAAAUUGGUGUGUAAUGUUUGCAAAUUGAAAUGUGGUGCUUGUGUUCGGUGUACUCAUGGAUCCUGCAGAACUCCUUUCCAUCCUUUAUGUGCAAGGGAUGCUAAACAUAGAAUGGAAGUUUGGGCAAAGUAUGGUAUUGAUGAGAUUGAAUUGCGGGCUUUUUGCUCGAAACACUCUGAUCUACAAGAGAACAGAAACAUCUUGCCAUUAGGAGGCUCUGUUGCAGUUGGCAGUGAAAUUCCAGAAGCUAAUGACCUUUCAGUGACUUUGCCGGUGAAAAGUGAACACGAUUUAAAAAUUGGUUGCAGCAAUGGAGGAUUGGAGUCUGAUAGUAAUCCAGACAAGUUGAACCAUAAUGAUGAAACUCCUAACGGAGGAUUGUCUGUCUGUAUGAUUAGUGCUCAAGAUACGUUGGGAUGUGGCGCUGCGCCACCACACAAUAUUGGGGUGGCAGGGAGAAGCAAUGAGAAUGUUAAUGUCUCUGAAUCCCCCAGAUUUGUACUUGUUUUGAGAAAGUUGAUAGAUAAAGGGAAAGUUGAUGUAAAAGAUGUAGCAUUGGAGAUUGGCAUUUCACCAGAUACAUUAACUGCAAAUAUCAAUGUAAUGCUUGAAAUUUAUCCUGUCCACUUUGUGAAAAAUGAUUAUUUGAACAAAAUAAAUUUUAUUUUUAUGCUUCAAACGUUAUACUUUCAGGAAGCUUAUAUGGCCCCUGACAUGCAACACAAAAUAUUCAAUUGGCUAAAAGCCCAUGUGUAUACUGGUGCAUCUCAUAAAGGCUUAAAAGCCAAAUUCAAACCGGCCAAUGUAUCUAUAAAUGAAACGGGAGCUUCAGACGGUUCUGAUACUUCACCGUUAUCUGAUUCAGGCUUGCUGGAUCCUGUUGCUGUUAAUGUUAAGUCUGUACCACCAAGGAGACGAACUAUCAAUAACAUUAGGUUUUUGAAGGAUAAUAAAGUUAUAUCUUCAUCUGAGGGGGUUACCACUAGUGAGAAUGGGGUGUCAAUUGAUAAGUUCCUAGUUUGUCAGCCUGAGUGUGAAAGUCCAGGACGUUCUGACAAAGCAUCAAUUCCUGAUGCCACUGAAACGAAUUUAACCAAGUCUGAGGAUAUAUUUCAUGAGGUUCAAGGCAAUGCUGAUGAGCCCUACAAGUCCAGCUUAUCUGUAUGUGUUUCAGAAGAGAAGUCUACUGCUUGUUUGCCGAAUGCUUCAGAUCAGGACUAUCCAGCUCAUUCUGCUUCAGAACCACCGGUUCCUGGUUUCAUAAAAAUGGAAGCUAUCUCUAGUUACAUUCACCCUUACAUUAACAAGAAAUUGCUGCAGAUUCGUGAUGGCUUGCCCUCAGAGGAUCUUAUGGCAGGUUUAAGUGGCUACAGAAAUUCUUUGAUUGAAUCCUCUGGAGCUAAUAGCUGCUCAAGUAGUGAAAACCAGCAAUUAAUUUGCACUGACGUUUCCAAGGCUGAUCAAGUAAAGAUGGAGCAGUUGGAUAGAAAUGAGUUGGAGGGGGAACUUAUAUAUUUUCAGAAUAGGCUGCUGCAGAAAGCAGUUGCAAAAAACAGGCUUACUGAAAACUUGGUCUACAAUGUUGCCAAGAUUCUGCCUCAGGAGAUUGAUAAAACACAUCAACAAAGAUGGGAUGCUGUGAUUGCUAAUCAAUAUCUGUGUGAUCUUAGGGAGGCGAAGAAACAGGGUAGAAAAGAAAAAAAGCACAAGGAAGCACAGGCAGUAUUGGCUGCUGCAACUGCAGCAGCAGCAUCAUCUUCUAGGGUUUCUUCUUUCCGUAAAGAUACCAUAGAUGAAUCUUUGCAACAGAAUUCAUUAAAGUUGGAUGCUUUAAGUGGGCGGACUGGUGCAUGUUCUCAGCCAAUGCCACGUGCCAAAGAGACUCUUUCUAGAGUUGCUGUCACUAGAGCUUCAACAGAGAAAUAUUCGGAUUUUUCUCUGCCAAGCUCAGAUUUUUCUAAGGUGCAACGUAAAUCAUGUGAUAUCUGCAGACGCUUUGAGAAUAUGUUAAAUCCUAUCCUAGUCUGCUCUGGUUGCAAGGUUGCAGUGCACUCAGUUUGCUAUCGCAGUGUGAAGGAAACAACAGGUCCAUGGUACUGUGAAUUAUGUGAAGAUCUAUUGUCCAGAAGUUCAGGUACACCUGAUAUAAAUAGCUGGGAGAAGCCUUACUUUGUUGCAGAAUGUGCUCUCUGUGGUGGUACUACUGGUGCUUUUAGGAAGUCAUCUGAUGGUCAAUGGGUUCAUGCCUUCUGUGCCGAGUGGCUUUUUGAGUCUACAUUCAGAAGAGGACAGACAGAUAUUAUUGAAGGAAUGGGGACUGUGCCAAAAGGAGUUGAUAUUUGUUGCAUCUGCCACCGCAGGCAUGGUGUAUGUAUGAAGUGUUGCUAUGGCCAUUGCCUGACCACAUUCCAUCCAUCAUGUGCUAGAAGUGCUGGUUUGUUCAUGAUUGUGAGGACUGCUGCUGGGGGAAAGAUUCAACACAAGGCUUACUGUGAAAAGCAUAGUUCGGAGCAGAGAGCAAAGGCUGAAAAUCAAAAUCAUGGAGUUGAAGAGUUAAAAAGUAUCAAGCAAAUUAGGGUUGAACUUGAGAGAUUACGCCUCCUUUGUGAAAGAAUUGUCAAACGGGAAAAGAUAAAGCGGGAAUUGGUUCUAUGCUCACAUGACAUACUAGCCUUUAAAAGAGAUCAUGUGGCUAGGUCUGUCCUUGUUCAUAGUCCUUUCGUCCUUCCAGAUGGUAGCUCAGAAUCAGCUACAACAUCCCUUAAAGCAACCACAGAGGGGUACAGAUCGUGCAGUGAAGCUCUCCAAAGAUCAGAUGAUGUUACUGUGGAUAGCUCAGUUUCUGCUAAGCACCGUGUCAGAGUUGCCGUAUCCAUGGACACAGACCCAAAAUUGGAUGAUGACUGCUCUACCUCACAAAGUCACUAUAACCACAAGAUUCCAGAGAAGCAAUUUUCUGGCAAACAGAUUCCUCGUAGAGCUUCGGCUACAUCACGCAAUAUCUCUGAGGAGGACGGAUGGAGAUCCAAAUCUCGAAAGUUACAGGCUACUGAAACAUUUGGAAAAGAGCUUGUUAUGACAUCAGAUGAAGCAUCUAUGAAGAAUUCAAGGCUACCUAAAGGAUAUGCAUAUGUUCCUGCAGAUUGCCUGUCAAAUGACAAACAGUCUAACGAGGAUGUAUAUGCUAGUGGACAAGGGGAACAUGACAGGUAGAGCCAACCAAAUAUCCCAACCUGGUCAGCCUAGUUUUUUUUAAUUUCGCCCACGAGGCUGACAUCCACAUUAUACGAUGCCAUGCCAUUUUGCACGUGGAAUUGUAUUAGUAUGGCAAAAUGUAGGGACAGGACUCUAGUCACUGUAUUGUUGCAGAACGUUGCAUUCUGCUCUGGCGAGGGGAGGUUUUGUUAACGUUGUUGUACAUUCGUUGUGAGAGUAAGCUGUACAGUGGAUGAGCAUUUCUUGCAUUUACUUGUAUUUGGAAGGGCAUGCAUUGGAAGCAUUCCUUCUUGUAAACCAUACAAGGGAAGAUCAUGAAAUCACCUGUUUUUAUGUAAAGUUGAUGUACAUAUUAUGACGGUUGCAUUAGUUCUGAAAGGGCUUGUGCUUGGUAUCAUAUUGUGACCGAGCAUAUAAAUUAUGUAACUUACUAAUUUUUUUUCUUAUACUGCAUUCUAAUUAAUUUUAACGCUGGUUGUCAUUUGUAAUCAAUCAUCUGGACUGCUAUAUUUCACUGUAGUUUAAUGAUAAAAUGAGCUCGUUAAGUUGCUCAACGUUUGGCAUUAA